CAGCAAGAGCAAGAGCGAGAAAUCUCAAGGCACCUGUGACAUCAAGAUCAAGGACGCCGGGGAGGAGGUGACAACACACUCCUUCCUUUCACGCUCAGGAGGUGUUUUGGGCGCCCCGGACCGUGCCACUGCUUAAAUAAACCCUUGGAGCCUUUAACAACACCACGAUGUCACGCAAGAAGAUGCUGGAGCUGCAGUCGGUGGAGCAGCAGAUGCAGCAGCUCUGGGAGGAGGCCAAGGUGUUUGAGGAGGAUGCGCCGGCCAAGGGGACAUCUGAGAAGUACCUGGCCACCUUCCCGUUCCCCUACAUGAAUGGCAGACUCCACCUGGGCCACACCUUCACCCUCAGCAAGUGCGAGUUUGCCGUGGGCUACCAUCGCCUGAAGGGCAAGAAGUGUCUGUUCCCCUUCGGCCUUCACUGCACAGGAAUGCCGAUCAAGGCGAGUGCGGACAAGCUAAAGCGAGAGGUUGCUGACUUCGGGUGUCCUCCAAAGUUCCCUGAUGAGGAGGAAGAGGAGGAGGAGGUGCAGGAGGUGACCAUCAAGGAUAAAUCAAAGGGAAAGAAGAGCAAGGCCGCAGCCAAGACUGGAGGGAUGAAAUACCAGUGGCAGAUCAUGCGGAGUCUUGGUCUGCAGGACAGUGAGAUUGGACAGUUCACCGACGAGGACCACUGGCUGCGCUACUUCCCGCCGCACUGCAUCUCCGACCUCAAGCGUCUGGGCCUGCACACAGACUGGCGGCGCUCCUUCAUCACCACCGACCGCAACCCUUAUUAUGAUGCCUUCGUGCGGUGGCAGUUCAUCCGCCUCAAGGAGAGAAACAAGAUACAGUUUGGCAAGAGGCACACCAUUUACUCUCCAAAGGACGGCCAGCCCUGCAUGGACCACGACAGGUCAUCAGGGGAGGGAGUAGGUCCACAGGAAUACACCCUCAUCAAAAUGAAAGCCCUGGAGCUGACCGGCAAACUCAAGAGCCUCGCCUCUAGACCAGUGUUCCUCGUAGCAGCCACUCUAAGGCCUGAGACUAUGUACGGCCAGACCAACUGCUGGCUUGGCCCAGACGUGACCUACGUAGCAGUGGAGACCAAGGAGAAGGAAGUGGUGGUGUGCACACGCAGGGCCGCCAGAAACAUGGCCUACCAGGGGAUGCUGAGUGUUGAAAACGAGGUCAAGCCAAUCCUUGAGCUGAAAGGACAUGAGCUGAUGGGACUCAAGCUAGCGGCUCCCCUCACCAGCUACAAGACCAUCUACACGCUGCCCAUGCUCACCGUCAAGGAAGACAAGGGCACUGGGGUAGUGACCUCCGUGCCUUCUGAUGCUCCUGACGACUUUGCCGCACUCGUUGACCUCAAGAACAAGCCAGCCUUGAGGGAGAAGUACGGCAUCACAGAGGAGAUGGUCAACGUUGAGCCAGUGCCUAUCAUCGACGUGCCUGAGUACGGCACUCUGAGCGCCCCGGCAGUCUGCCAGAUGAUGGGGAUCAAGUCGCAGAAUGACAAGGACAAGCUGGUGGAGGCCAAGGAGAAGGUGUACCUGCGAGGGUUCUACGAGGGGACGCUCAUCGUGGGGGAGUUCAAAGGCAAGAAGGUCCAGGACAUCAAGAAGGCAAUACAGGAGAAGCUGGUCAAGAGCAAGGAGGCGAUGGUGUACCAGGAGCCGGAGAAGCAGAUCAUCUCCCGGUCAGGUGACGAGUGUGUGGUGGCGCUGUGUGACCAGUGGUACCUUGAAUACGGCAAGCCAGAGUGGAGGGCCAAGGCACAGAAGAAUCUCGACGCUAUGGAGACGUACCACGAGGAAGUCAGACGCAACUUUGAGGCCACUCUGGACUGGCUCAAAGGCCAUGCAUGCUCCAGAACUUACGGUCUCGGAACCUACUUACCCUGGGACGAGAAGUGGGUGAUUGAGUCCUUGUCCGACUCCACUAUCUACAUGGCUUACUACACAGUGGCACACAUCCUGCAUCCUGACGUGUACGGCCAGGAGAAGGGAGAGUUUGGCAUCACUGCGACCGAGAUGACGCCUGAGGUGUGGGAUUAUAUUUUCCACCAGACCAACAAACCACCCAAGACAACCAUAAAGAAGGAGGGCCUGGAGAAGAUGAGGCAAGAAUUUGGCUUUUGGUACCCAGUGGAUCUGAGAGCAUCGGGCAAAGACCUGGUGCCCAACCACUUGACAUACUACCUGUACAACCACACAGCUAUUUGGCCCACCCAGCCUGACAAGUGGCCUCAGUCUGUCAGGGCAAAUGGCCACCUCCUCUUGAACUCAGAAAAGAUGUCAAAGUCAACUGGGAACUUCCUAACCCUGUCUGGUGCGCUUGACACCUUUGGGGCUGAUGGAACGAGGCUGGCACUGGCCAACUCAGGAGACUCUAUAGAGGAUGCAAACUUUGAGACUCAGGUGGCUGACUCUGCAGUCCUCAGGCUGUGGACAUUUGUUGAGCUAGUGAAGGAGAUGCAGGCGGAGAAGGCUUCAAUGCGCACCGGCUCCACAUACAGUGUUAACGACAGGAUGUUCAUGGCGGAAAUGAACCUCAAGAUCAAGGAGACGGACGAGCAUUACAAGAACUUGAUGUUUAAGGAGGCUCUUCGCACCGGCUUCUUUGAGUACAGUAACUUGUUCCACCAGUAUCGUGAGAGAGCACAGGUUCAGGGUGGCCUACACUGGAAUAAUGUCCAGCGAUAUCUUACAACACAGGUCAUCAUACUGUCCCCUGUCUGUCCUCACAUCUGUGAUUACAUAUGGCAAAAAAUCCUUGGCAACAAAGAGUCAAUCCUUCACUCCAGCUGGCCUGUCAUUGAGGAGCCAGACCUCACACUGGUGCAGUCCUCGGAGUACCUUGCCGAGGCUUCCCACCGCUUCCGUCUCCGUCUGAAGUCCCACAUGGCCCCUGGCAAGCCUAAGAAGGGAGAGACACCCACCACCCCCCAGGUUCCUUCACACGGCAUCAUCUGGAUUGCCAAGACAUUCCCCAAGUGGCAGAGCAUCAUCCUGGCCACCAUGCAGGAGCAGUACAAGGCUAACAACAACAGUCUCCCGGAUAACAAGACACUCAGCAAGGCCCUCGGUGCCAACCCGGCCCUGAAGAAGUACAUGAAGAAGGUGAUGCCGUUUGCCCAAGCCGUGCGGGAGAGGAUGACCACCUUGGGAGAGAAGGCGCUCAAGGACACCAUAGACUUUGAUGAGCGAAGUGUCCUGGAGGAGAACAUCGACUACGUGCGAGGGACUCUGGACCUUGAGGGGCUGACGGUGGGCUGGACGGAGGACUGUGACAAUGAGAGGACCCAGGAGGAGGUGGUGCCCGGGGAGCCGUUCAUCACCUUCACCACGGCGCCGAGCCUCCCCAUCACCCUGCUCAACCCUCAGCCUCACGCCGGCCUCUUCCAGUGCUGUCUGCCAGUGUACGAGGGCGACACAGUGGCUGCCUUGAUCACAAGGCUCAAGCGACAAGAGCGAGCCAUCAAGCCCUCCAUGAAGGUCUCCGUCCACAAGUUCAAGGACCCCCUGGUGGGCCCACGCAGCAUUCCCACCCUCUCUGGGCCGCUGCAGGGCCUGGAGGAGCUGUGUGAGCAGGUCUCCCUCACACUCAAGGACAACAGUGUCCACUACGCCUCCAAUGGGUCCACACUUUUCUUGGGGGCGAAGGUUCUUUACUUUGUUCAAUAAUGUUUGUUUUUUAGGCAGGGAUGGGUAUGAUCUUGAUUAGGGUUGGUGAUGUGUAUGCAUUUGCAUCUCAGUUUUGGCAUAUUUUGGAGGAUAACAAUAGUGACAGAUUAAUUCAUAAUUUAUUAAAAUCCUACAGUUUUAAUUCAGGGGGGACUUUACAAACUGUAGUUAAGUUGAAGGGAGUACUGUGCUUGUGACUAGCAGAGGGGAAGGCAGUGCCUCCUUUGCAUUUAUAAAAGAGCUGAGGCAAUCCCAUAUUUCAUUUAAAUAAUUUAUGAAAAUGUAGUAGAGGAGAAAAUGUCAUCUCAUUUCUUGUAAUACGAAGCCAUUGUAGGGAAAACCUGGCUACUCCUUUUCUUCCUGCCAUUAGUAUGGAUCAUACUUUACUCAUCCUUGCAUCAACUUGAUAGAAGGAUGUUGGGAAGAAUAUGGAAUAGCCAAAUUUUUUCUGCAAUGGCUUUGUAUAGCAAGUAAUAUAAGGUAAUUGACAUUUUCUCUACUAUGCUUUAAUGAAAAAUCAUUUAAAUUAUUAUGGUACUUUGCCUCACUCUUUUAGAGAACCAGAAGAAAUAUUGCCUUUCCUCUUCCAGCCAGAGGAACAAACAGGCUCAUUGCUGCCUUCUAUUUACACACAGAUUCAAGUCCUGCAUUGUGUGAAGAUCCUUACAGUGAAACAACACCAAACUGUACUUGUCAGGUGACACCAGGGCUUGUAAACAGUAAGCCUACCUUAGUUAUCUUAUUAGGUGAUAUGGAACUGCCUCUUCAUAUGAGCAUUAUAUCCUGGUUAGUGAAGCCAAAAUUAUAAAUCUUAACUGAUAAUAGUGCAAAAUACUACAUAUCUUUAAUUUGAUAUGAUUGUGUGUCCACUUUAUUAGUGCUUGAAGUGGAGAUGUGCAGACAGUAUCAGAAAGGUGAAAAUAUCACUACAGAUGCAGAUGAUUAUGAAUUUAUGAUACAUGUUUAACAAUAUCAUACAAUCUGUACUUCUAUAUAAAGCUACAUGUAAUAGUGAUAUUAUUUAUACUUCCAUAAUGUUACAAUACAGAUGAUCAUGAACUUACGAUAAAAGUUGCAUGUAACAUUAUGUCAUAACUCAUAUAAUCUAUACUUCUAUAAUUUAACAUAUGCAAUCAAAAUAUAAAAGUAUCUGUUGGUAAAAUAUCAGCCAUUUGUUAGGAUUGGUAUUGGCACAUCUCUUGUUUUACCGGACAGUCUAUUUUACAUGUUUUCUUGUUCUUCAAUCUGGAACAACGCACUUUACAGGGAAUGGGGCUAAUAUUCUAUGCUAGAACAUCAUAUGAGUGUGGCUAGGCUCAGGAAAAUAUUGAUAAAACACUUGGUUAUCUACAUUUUGCUUGAGUGUGGCCAGGCUAAGAGUGUUCACCAUUCCAUGCAUUGUUAAAAGUGGGAUGUUCCUUGACAAAGAAGACAGACAGUUAACAUAAAGUUACAAUAGGCAUUAAUAAGGUGAACACACAAUAAAAUAAACAUGUUAAUGAUCACAAAGCUGAAGGAAUACUUGUACAUUUUGAGUUAAAACAUUACCUUCCAUAAGGUCACUUGAUAAAUGCAUGUAACACUGAGGGCAAACUUUCUAGUUUGUACGGAAGACCACUUUUAAUACAAACCUAACCAAUGCCCGGUGCACAAAUACUGAUCCUGAAGAAAAAUUCACCAAAGUGUUUUUUAUAA